GUGGGGGUGAGGUGGCGCGUCGGCGAGGGAAGCCGCGGCGGUGAAUCCGGCGUCGUGAUUGGUCGUCGCGUGGGAGAGCCGCCCGCCCGAGCUCACCGUGACCGGCAGUCGGCACCGAGCAUCCAGGCAGAGCACAUCGAGCCAUCGGAGUCGGGGCGAGAUACGCAACACGCACCUCGGAACGUAACCACGGGCACGAUGGCCGUCCGGCGCGUGCACCGUCAACAACAACAGCAAGAACAACAGCAACGUCGUCACCGUCGUCGUGGUGCCGUAUUUGUCGCGCGUGUUCUUCAUAUUUACCUGCAUACGGAAUCGAAACAACAUCUGCAGCAGGAUCGCGCGCUCGCUAAGGCAUCGUGGCCACCAUCGUGCGGAUACGUGGCGCGCGGACUAUGCGCCUGAUGCACGCAAUAAGAAACGAAAGAAAAAGAGAAAAAAACACACAAUACACACAUACACGACGACGACGUACGGAAAGUUGCUGGCAGCGCGCGCGUUAAAUAACGACACACACCACGGGGUCCAGGGGCCAUUCUAAAACACAACUCAACCUACAUCGCACACGUUCCACCAUUACCUUUUCCUUAUCCCCUCGUUUUCCAUCGGUCGUGUGUAUAUCGCACCUCCUUCACUCCUCUCUACCGGCCUUCCCACGCGGUCCUCGUCGAGAUUACGUUUCGGUUAAUACGCAAAGAAACACGCAUCGGCCGUUAAAUUUUCAGGCUCGUUGCCGGCCUGUUUGUCGUCUAUAUCUUUCUCGCGUGUCUCGUUUGUGAUCAAUGUGAUUGUCCUUCAAGCGUAAUAACCAUUUUUGUGUUUUGACUGGUGGUGCGUUCUAUUUCGUGUUCUAAGAAAUUUCAUCUUACCACGGCGUUUAUUUGUAUACUUACGGUGCAACGUUCUCGUUCUGUGCCCUUCACGAGAAAAGGGAAGAAAGAAAAAGUGUGUAUCGAAUAGAAGCCUAACCUCCUCCGUCGACGACGGUGGCGACGGUGGUGGAGGCGAAGGUGACCGUGACGGUGAACCGUUUCUCUGUGCUCUGUGUUAUCCAUUUCAAUUUUUUCGUAUUCUACGUUUUUGUGCGGUACUAGUGACAGAGAAGACCGAAGGAAAAAGUGUCUGUCUGUCGCGUCGGUGGCGUUCUUUCGUCGCGUUAGUCUCGUGUGCGCGUGACAAAGGAGCACAUAAUUGUGCAAGCGAGAGAAAGAUAGCGUGCAACGCUGUUCCGACGGAUCAUCGUUGAGCCGUUAUAAAGAAGAGAAGAGAAGAUAAGAGAAGAAGACAAAUACGGAGCAGUGUCGCGUCUUCUAAUCGAACGCGUGUUCUAUCGUUUUCGGUUAUUCGCUUGCUUGUGUCGUAUCCCGCGUCGUUCUGGAAUUCACGCUGCAUCGAGAAACAAAUUUCAAAAUUCCCGCGUCAGCCGUAUCGGCUGCAUAACCUCUCUUUCUUCCGUGACUCGAGGCGGACACACCUCUCGUGUUAAGUCGCCGAACGACAAAGACAGGAAAGACGGUGGCCGUCGCUCGGCCAGCAAUAAUGCCGCACGUGAGCAGCAGCGGCGGCGGCGACGAUCUCGGCAGCGAAGACGAGGUCAAGGUCUUCAAGGAUGAGGGCGAGGACGAGAAGAGGUCCUCCGAGAACCUCACGGAGGAGAAAAGUUCCCUCAUCGACCUCACAGAAUCUGAGGAAAAGGGCUCGCUUGCUGGUGGAAGUUACUCGACGACAGGCAAGACAUCAGCGAGAUCUGAUCUCAGCCCCGUCUUCGGUAAGGUGGAUCCGACGCCACAUACCUCAUCGUUCAACAUGGGCUACCUCGUCUCGCCGUAUCCUUACCCCAAUGGCGCCGGAGGACCCAUUCCUGUGUCUAUGGUGAGUCAACUCGCGUUAUCUUAACGAAGCCGAUGCCUGUACAGCCCAUACGGUACCCCGUAAGUAAUUAUUCGAAAGCGCAAGAGCUAUUCACCGUGCCCCUCGGUCGGACCAACUAGUUCUAUUAGCCAGAGACAGGAAGCCGUGAAACGCGGUAUCAGCUCUUCCGCGGAUUGACUCGCGCCGCGGGUUGGCGCCCAUAAAUCCCGCCUCUGCGAUUUUCAAACCGCCCGGGUGCCUCGUUGAAUGGCGAAAUCGCGAUCAACGUCGACGAGGCCUCUCCAUAUCUAGAUCCAGAAACUAUGCGGCGAGAGACUCAAAGCAACCGGAUUAACACGUCGACUUUUCGCGCUCACCGGCUUUUCUCCAUCCGCGGUCUUUGGCCUGAUUCGAUCGAAUUUCCCCCUUGUCUUGGGAAAUUAUUCGAAUUAUCGAAGCGAAGGAGAAUAAAUUGGAAUUCCGCGUCGUUGGAGUUUCUUUUUUUUUUUUAAAGAUAGUUUUCAUUCCUUCCUGGGUAGUUUUAUUCGAGUGAUAUUUCGAAUUUUUGUUACAAGCAGAAAAAGGGGGAGGGGAUGAUUUUUGAAUAAAUAAAUUGAUAAAUUUGGAAAAAAUUUAAGAAAUUUGAAAAAAGAAACAUUUGUCGAGUUAUUUAGAAGCGAUUUCCCAGAGGAGAAAGAUUAUUAUGGUGGUAAACGCGUGAAGGGUUCCGUAACCUUUUCGGCACUCUGGUAAUUUGUACCCCAUUAAACGAAAAGAAGAAGAAGAAGAAGAAGAAGAAAUACCAGUUUCUAACACAGUGACGGAGGACCUGAUAAUUCAAGCUUCAUUCAUAAGUUGUUUCGCUAAAACAGGUCCCAGAAGGAUGAUUGUAACUUUCGUGUUUCCCCUAAAAAAAGAAGAAGAGAACAAAAGAAAAUUAUAUCCAUCGAAACUAGAAAUCAUCAGCUUCUCAACUCAACUUUCUCGAGCCUCCUAACAAUCUUGAUUUCAUUCAAAAGUAGUCUGAAUUAUGUCCGUGGGAAUGGGAAGGAAUAGGGUCCAAGUUCCUAGUCCACAGGUAUACUAUUUCUUGGAAAAAAAAAUAAAUCCUGGGAUUUCUCAAACAAACGAUUAUCGCUCUUCUAGCAAAAGAGCAAAAAUUCUAAUCCUUAUAUAAUCUAAAAAAAAAUAUCUUUAAGUCUCUUAAAGAAACAGUAUAUAAACAUACUUAUUAGCAUCAACAAACUGUUCUAAUAACGUUAACUCAAAAUUACCACUAAGCACUUUACAAUAAGUAAAAAGCAUAAGAUUAAAAAAAAUUACUUUUUAAAACGAUAUUCCGUUACUUUCCAAUCCUACUUUCGAAGAUUUUACAUCUUCGAAAAAAUUGUGCGACGAAAAGUCAAAAACUAUCAGAAUUUAUAUAAAAUCGAGGAUAUUCCGUCUCUCUUAAAACCUCCAAAAAGAAACUAUGUCAUCCUCCAUCUUUUAUUAUCGAUCGAAUAAAUAUCCAAUUUCGACCUCUUCUUAGAAGGAUUCGUCAAAAUUACAAAUACGAUUUACAGAAGAUUAAUCUUCCAUCCAUCCCCCCAAAAAAAAAAAUCCAUCGCCGUCCUUCGCGUAACCUUCACGUAACCGUGCUCGUCCCGAUUUCGCAACGGUGAUGGCACGGUUUCGUCAUGGUCGCACGGCACGUCCACGUCCACGGUGGACAUUGGCCAGUCCACGUGGCGUUAUUUCGUUCACGUACGCCGGCACGCAGUAACCGAUACACCUAUGUGACGCCUGCGUGAAACUACGGGGGCGGAGCAGGAGGGAGGCAGGACGUACGCCGUGGAAGAAGAAGAGAGAGGGCGGCGAGUGGAAGAGGGACAGAGUAACGAGUGGAUGUGGGACUAGUAGCUGCUGGCAGCACGAUAAUGAGCUAAUGAGCGGUGUCUGGCGCUCCGCGGCGCCGUAAUUUUCAGCGUGCAAGGACGACGCGGCUUCCAAGUUAACGUCACGAAGUCUUUUCUUUUCUUUUUUUUUUUUUUUUGUUUUUUUCCCUCUUAUCAUUAUUCGUACUCGCUCGUCUUCUUCCAUUUCGCGCCUGGUUAAUUAUGUUUCGUUCGGUUUGUUUUGGAGCUAUGUACUUUUUGUUUUUUCUUUUUUAUUGAUUGUGACGAUAACAAGAGAAACGAGGGAGGCGAGGCUUGUUGUUAACCGUUUUAAUUGCGUUUCGUUAGACGUCGUCUCGAUGAUUUUCUCAACCAACGAAUCGACACGCUUUAAUUAGUUGUUAUGAUCUUCUAAUAUAUUAUAAUUUUUUUCCUAUUUUCAGCAAUCGAUUAAAAGAAAUCUUUUCGAUUCGAUCCUGAAAGGGUUUAAAUUAACGAUAUAAGGAAACGGAAAGAAAUGAUCAACGAAAAUUGUGAAUGGAAUCCAUUCCAUCGAAUUAGGGAUUAAUCCACUUUCGACUAAUUUUCACUCGAAGCGAUCGUGAGAUACGAAGCGCAAAUCAACCCUUUAUUAGCCUAGUCCCGCGUUUUAGAGCAACUCGGCUGAAAAUGGCCAAGUUAAUCGGGGGAAGAAGGGAAGAGGGAUGGGUUUUUCUAGCGAUCGCAAUCGGUAGAACUCGAGAGAACCAUAAAAUUUCUUUCCAUCGGCCAGCCUUGCCUCGUUCUCACGCAACUCGAGCGCGAGCUUCUUGCCUCCUGGUGAUCACGAAGAGUGGAAACCUUCGUGGCUGCUGAACGACGCCUUUUUACCCGAUAAAACGAGUAUACUUCUGCUAGAAUACGUCACGCAUUAAAUAUCUAGAGACGAUAGUAGAUGGAUGGAUAGUCGCAGAAUAAAUCCUUUUCUUUUCGAAAGGAUUUCGAAAAGAUAUCGGAAACUUGGAUGGAAUCCAUAAUAAUAUUUAAAUAGUUGAUAUUUUAUAUAUUUCUAUGUUGCAUGCUCGAUAAAAUUGGGCGUGGAAUAAAUUUUCUUUAAAAUUGUCUCAAAAAUUCGAUUCUAGAGACUAUACUAUGCAUAAACAAUGUUUAAAAAUUAUAUUAUUCUCAUUUCGAACUGGUGGACGUGUCGUGGAAUAAAUUUUCUUUCCUUUUUUUUUUUUUUUCGUUUUCUACGUUCAAUUUCAAGAAGCGUGAAAUUUAUGGAGUUUUCAAAAUUAAUCUUCUGUAACGAUAUAUAUACGAAAAUUAUUCCAUAUAUCUAUUUCGCUCGUCUAUUGGGCCAACUGGGCUCAACGUCAACUGGAACUGGUAGACGUCGUAUAUAAGUAUAUAAUUCUUUCUAUGCUCGAUUCUAGAAAUUUAUAGAGUUAUUCAAAAUUAAUCUUCUGUACGAUAUUAGAUACGCACUACCGUGUCGAGGCGUUACUUACUCGAACUUUUUCCAGAUUCCAGAAACUUGGAAUGAAUAAAGUUAUUCGGCAUUAAUCCUGUGAGUGACCAUAUUUGAAAAGUACGAAUAUAAGAUAUAUCCGGAAUUAACUCUCAAUAACGAUAUUACGAUAUAAUAAAAUUAGAUAUCCGUUCGAAAUUUUUAUUCGCAUAUAUAUUUUUAUAUCAAGGAUUUUUAUGCAUAUUAAUAUUCUGAUGUAUAGCGAAUAGAAAAUUAUCUGCACGUGUCUUUGUAAAUAUUUAUUUAUAUAUUCGUUGAAUAUUCGAACGAGAAAUUAAUAUCGUGGAAGAUUAAAAUGUAGUGUAACAGAAGAAAUAGGAUAUUUAGAAUUUUUACGAGAUAUUUAAAGUAAGAAGCAAAUCUAUCACGAUCUCUUAUCGCCUCGAUUACGUUUGCACAAACGUACGUAAUUUAUUUAUCGAAUCUCAAAUUUUAUUUCAUCACUGUUAAAAUCAUUUCGAAAAAUAUUCCUUUUUUUUUUCUUAAAGCUCAAAGAAAUUCCAACGAAUUUUCCAAUUAAUCCUCCAACCGUUUAACUUUCCAAAGAGAAUAUUUCGAAGAAUUGGCAAGCCGUGAUUACUAGUAAUUCCAGAAAUCCACGAUACCUCGAAUUAACAAUUCUUUAUACUCGGUUAAACGAUGCAAAGCGUAACCCGCGACCUUGCAAAACCUGAGGAUAUAAUUGCCGGAAGCAUGCGUAUAAUCUGGGCAAAGCAGCUCAUCACGGUUUUUAGGUGCGCACUGUGCUAUCACCUGAUAUAAUCCACGUUCUCUGAUCAUCAUUAACGUACUCCUCUCUCUCACUCUCUUUUUUUUCCAUACUUUAUUCCCUGCUAUCGAACAUCCGGGACACUUUUCUCUUCGCUGAACGCUCUAACGGGACACGGUUAGUGACAGGUCAUCACGCGAUCCUAAUCCCUGCGCAACUAUCCUCUUCCUUUUUUUUCUCGUCUCGUGUUAUUUUUAGACCUAGAAGAUGAUUGUUCGGGUUCAACAAAGUAUUGGAAUUGAAAUAUGAAAGUACGCAAAAAUGAUGAAAGGCCAUUUUGCUAGUUAUUUUGCUUCAUCUUGCUUCGCCUAGUGCGAAAUUAAGUCGUCUUCAAUCAACGUUGUAUAUAUAGCAAAUUUUAUAUUUGUUUCAGAGCCGAUCAAAGAUCGUUUGUAGGGAUAUAUUAAUAUCUUUUCCAUGAUAAUUUUAAAGGGAGAAUAAGGAUUAAGUAAAAAAAAAAAAAGGAAAAAA